AUGUGGCAACCUCUUCCUCCUCUAUGUCCUUGAUCUGCUUUGCCAGAGCCCAUUUCAAGCUCUGACCUCUCACGGGGUUCCCAGAGAUCAUAAACUCUGUGAAAUACAAAAGUACCACAAGAAAUGCAAAGAUAUCACAAGAUAUCUCACCCAAAGAACUAGAGAAAAAGUUCACCAGCGUUAAGUGAGGCCCUACAACUACAUUUCCCAGAGAUCCUUGGGUUGGUUUUUUUUUUUUUUUUUUUUUUUUAACUAAGCAUAGGAGGCAGAUCAACUUGGACAGACCACGGAAGUGGACUCACUCAGCUUGCUUCCUGGCACUCCUGGUUGCAGUCCUGGAAUCCGGAAACCAUGGACAUUGAAGCGUACUUUGAAAGAAUUGGUUAUCAGAACUCCAGGAACAAAGUGGACUUGGAAGCAUUAACUGAAAUCCUUCAGCACCAGAUACGAGCUAUUCCCUUUGAGAACUUGAACAUCCAUUGUGGGGAAUCCAUGGAGCUGAGUUUUGAAGCCAUCUUUGAUCAAAUUGUGAGGAAGAAGCGGGGUGGGUGGUGUCUUCAGGUUAAUCAUCUGCUGUACUGGGCUCUGACCAAGAUGGGCUUUGAAACCACAAUGUUGGGAGGAUAUGUCUUUAACGCUCCAGCCAAUAAGUACAGCAGUGGCAUGAUUCACCUUCUAGUCCAGGUGACAAUCAGUGGGAAGGACUACAUUGUUGAUGCUGGGUUUGGACGUUCCUACCAGAUGUGGGAGCCUCUGGAAUUAAUAUCUGGGAAGGAUCAACCUCAGGUGCCUGCCAUCUUCCGUUUAACAGAGGAGAAUGGAACCUGGUACUUGGACCAGUUCAGAAGAGAGCAGUAUGUUCCAAACAAAGAAUUUGUUAACUCAGACCUCCUUGAAAAGAACAAAUAUAGAAAAAUCUACUCCUUUACUGUUGAGCCCCGCACUAUUGAGGACUUUGAGUCCAUGAAUACCUUCCUUCAGACAUCGCCAGUGUCUGUGUUUACAAGCAAAUCAGUUUGUUCCUUGCAGACCCCAGAAGGGGUUCAUUGUUUGGUUGGCUCCACCCUCACUUAUACGAGGUUUAGUUAUAAGGACAAUGUCGAUCUUAUAGAGUUUAAGAGUUUGACUGAGGAGGAAAUAGAAGAUGUACUGAAAACUGUAUUUGGGGUUUCUUUAGAGAGAAAACUUGUGCCUAAACAUGGUGAUCUAUUUUUUACCAUUUAGAAUAUGCAAAGUUUUGGUGUCCUUCUAUGUAUUUGGAAUGUUUAUGAUAAAGUAUCCAAACUGAUGACUUGGACAUAUUGGUGAUCACCUUGAUGUGUGCUAGGAAAUACCUAACAUUGACUUACAGCUAAAUUUACAAUUUGUGCUAAUUGUUAAGUAAAAGGAAUAGUGUGAAAAGCAUUCUCAUUAAAUUCAACCAGCAUGUAUCCCAUAUCAGAUUUUUAUGAGGUAUUACCUGUACAAUAUAGGAUUUGGAUUCAGCAAAGAAGAAUGAGAAGUAAUAUUGGUUCCAAAUAACUAUAUAGUCUUCAAUAGAUGACUUACACCAACACCAAAUGAUAUGUGAUUAGGGCCCAAGAGAACCAGUCACACGGCUUAUUUCUUUCUGUGUUGUUUUAUAUCUACUUCCUUUUAUACUAUUUUUUCUUACUGUGGGAACAAACACCAAUUUAGAAACUUGAGCUUCUUGACUUUAAGAAAUGUAUGUCUAGAAUAAUUAAUAUAAAUGAUGAAAUAUAUAUCUAAAACUUAUUUUGAAAGAGGUAUAUUAAAACAUGUUGACUAGUAUCGUAUGCAUAAAAGGUUUUGUGUGGAGCCAUUAGGAUGUAAUAGGGUUGGUGUCUUCUGCAAGGGAGUCUUAUGUCUAUUUUACUUCUCUGUUAUGUUGAUUGAUCAUCACUGCUGAAUUUACUAGCUUUAUAACCACAUAGAAGACACAUUUCUAGGCAUACCUGUAUUUUUUAAGAAGUUCAACUGGAGUUGAAAGACCCAACUGAUGAAAGAAUGUGGUCAGCACCAUGCCCCCACAUUUAGGUCCUGGACUGAAUAAAAGGAGAAA